GACAUGAUUCUAGUCAUGAUUAUGAAGGAAUGCUUUGUAUACCUUUUUCAGAAAUUAGUUUAGGCACAGAUGAUACUGAAAUUAAAUAUUAUAUUAAACAAAAAUUGAAUCAUGCCCUUGAAAGCUUUAAAAUUGCCAACAAGUUUCUUGAUGUAUUAGGCAAGAUCGAUGUGGUUUCUGAAGCAAAUAUCAUUAAAAAAUUAUUAAAAAUGCCAUAUUCAAAAUCAUGUGUUAGUGUAAUAAUUCAUAAAAUUGAGGAUACUAUUUUAUUAGAAGAUUUUGAUUUCACUGAAAAUCUUAGGAUUUGGGAAAAAUUGAAAUUAUUACUUGAAUGUGAUUCAGUAUCUAAUAAAUCUGAAAUUAUUAUGUGGGCUAUUUUUCAUCAUUAUAUAUAUCACAAUCUUAUGAAUUCAAAAGAUAAGAGCCAAGUUGCCACUUUUAAUUUAAAUGAAUACCAGAGUGAUACCAAUGAUUUAGAUUUUAGAAAUUUGAUGGCAAAGUUUUUAUAUUUCAAGUUUCUUGCUAAAAAGGGGGAAUUUCCCAAAUCUCUGCAAAAUUUGUCAAAUAUUCAGGAAAAUUCCAACACUUUUAAUUUUUGGGAUAACCAAGAUUCAUUGAUUAAAUUUAUUGAAACCAUGCACUUGGCUAACCAUUCAUCAAAUAAUGAUGCUGAAUAUUACUUUUCCUUCGAAAACUUAUUGACUAGAGAAUUAGGCCUUGAUUUAUCAAAUCUCUUGAGCAACAACAUUAUAAAUAGGGGUAAACCAACAAAAACCAUCAAAGAUUUGACUUAUAAAACUCCCUUAUCAAUUCCUUGGCCAAAUUAUGAAGAUGAGUCUAAGGAUGCUGACUAUUAUAAUGAUAAAAUUAUGCUUAAAAAAAAUAUGGACAUACAACCUCAGCAUGAUAAAAUGUUGUUUACCCACAAAAUCAGUGAUGAAAAAGAUUUAGAGAGUUAUAAGUUUGAAUCCAAAGCCUCUGAAAUGACAGCAUUACCCAAUGAUUUACAUUUGAAAACACUCCUAAAGGAAAAUGCAAAUGAGAUGAAGGAUACAAGUCAAAACAGCACAUUUAAUUAUGAUGAGAAUUUUUGGGACCUACCACGAAAUUAUUUAUGGAAUUUUGAAGAUCUAAGGAUGCUAGUUAGAUCAGAUCUACCUAUAUUUGGGGGAGGCAAAUAUCCCGCCAUUACCUUGAGAUUAAAGGAUAUGAAUCAACCUGGAAUAAACGUGCUCACUGGACUUGAUUAUUGGCUCGAUAAUCUCAUGUGUAACGUGCCCGAAUUGGUUAUGUGUUAUCAUCUGGAUGGUAUGGUGAAACGUUACGAGAUGUUCAAAACAGGUGAGAUCCCUGAACUUCCGUUUUGCUCCGCUUCUCCUAAUAACCAGCCGGGGAGUGGGAUCGAAUCGGAAGUGCCAACUACCUUCAACCCAGAUUUGAUACGCGAUCUGGCUCGAAACCUGUUAUCCUUCGUAAAAAGUAAGUGCGCCAAGCAAGGCCACACAUACUGGCUUUUUAAAGGGGCCGGCGAUGAGGUCGUCAAGCUCUAUGACUUGACUAGUUUAAUAACAGAAUUUAACGUAUCCAGCCGUGAUCCUGACCACUGCCAAGCACGCGAAUCUGCAGACCAGAUUAUCCAGCAUGCUGCAACUAACUCCAUACGACAGCAACCGUUUAACAUAAAAAAUCCAUACACACUUCCCGUUGCCUUCUUACUUUACCGCCUAGCCCGUCCUGAUUCUGAGGCAGACAGUCGCAUUGCCCUUCUCACUAAAUGCCGCCGACUUCUCAAGAAUUCAACUAAGGCGCUCAACAAUUCCAGGGACGACAUCCCACUGAUCGUUAAACGAAAGCGACGCAAAGCAGAGAGGCGUUAUGAAAAGCUUGCUCGUCAGGAUUUUAACGCUUUUACACCUGAUUCAUCAACAGUUUGUGGAGAAAAUUGGACGCGCCUCUUUGUUUCUGCAUCACUUGCUCUUUCUGAAGCCUAUAUUCCAGCUAACAGUGAUCCCUUUGAUCAUGACGAGUAUAGUACUUCUCAAUCUUCUCCUUCCACUCUCUUACUGUGUGAAAGUAAUAAAAAGAAUAGGAACAAAAAAGAGGAAUGUGUUUCUCGCCCUACUAUCACAAAAGAAGUAAUCGGACAUGAGUCGAAUGAAGGAAUAGCUACACGCGAAUCCGCGCGCGUAUCUUUGACUAAGCUAAUGCAGCCACGGCGCUUGCGUGGUAAAAAGAUUUGUCCCAAUGGUCUCGUCCUGGAAGAUAAGCCUUUGCUGAGUCAAUUUCCUCUCCCCCCUUCCGAUGUUAUAGGGAAACGAUGCGAAGCUGCUUUAACAUGUGUUUUGGAAGCUUUAACCUGCCUAGUCAAUGAACAGAACAAUUUGCAAUUAACGAAAUCUUCUUUAGUCUCCCAAGCUUUGUUAUUGGAGAAGUUGUUCCUUCUUUACGUCACUAUGGCAAACAUAGCCAUGGACAAUUUCAACUUCUAUUCAUCCAUCCAAUACCUUCAACUUUGCGCCGAGUCUUAUGAAAUCUUGAACUCUGCCGUUGAUCAUUCCCUCACCUCGAAUCAGAGUUCUUUUUUCCCUGUGGAACCAAAAAUGUUUUUACUUCCGCUCUACGAAUCCAUUGGGGAUCACAUGAUCCGCCCAGAUAAAGAACCGCAUUUUACCAAUAACAAUUUGGUUGUCAAUCAUUAUUUUCAAAAUUCAUUACAAUUGGCUCUGGAUUUUUUGAAGCGAUUUGCUCUCAAUUAUGAAAAUUUCGUUGAGAGAAACUUUGCCAUGGUUGAAAGGGAUGAGUUAUUAGAAAAGUUUUUAUCAACAUUUUCUGAAGACACUAUUCGGAGAGAUACAAAUGAACCUAAAAGUUGCAUUACUAGAAUGUCCAUCACUUCUCGUACCCUGUCAACUAAAAUAUCCCCUGUAUCUUAUUACGAAAAGGCGUUAGAAAUUGCCAGGGAUCUUGAACGCCCUACCAACGUAAUACACAGGAUUUCCAAAAAAUUAGCCAAUUGUCUCAACGAAUUAGCAAAUUCUAAGAUAAAUCAAUGCAAAACACUGGUAAAUCAUUGCGCCCAACUAUCAGAUGAACAUGACGUACAAGAAACAUAUGAUUUAAUUCAGUCCAUUCUCGCCAAUUGCGAAAACGAUUACUCACGUGCUUCCACUAUUUUUGAGAGUUUAGGUGACGAUCAAAACUCUCUGUUGAUCGCUUGCAAUAUGGCGUCCCUACCUCUCAUCCAUCUAGCCGCAACCGAGUUGCCACAAAAUCGCGUAGUUCCUAAAAAUUGGGAAGGAUUUUACAAAAAAGCUAUCAAAUUGUACGAAUCAGCUUUGCGGAGGAUAGAUGUAGCAAUAGGAGGAUACUCUAGCGAUAAAUUUAAAAUAGAUCGACACUGGUUCUUGGAUCUACGAGACCAAUCACGAAAUGCCUUGUCGCGAACCAGUGCAGACCUAGCUAAUCAUAUUCUUUUAUCGUCUCCUAAUUCUGCGCACGCGCUAGAUUCAGCCAUCUAUCACCUGGAAUACGCGCUUCGAGUCUCCGAAGGUCACGACGCCCGGGUAAGGUACGAAAUUGGUGCCGCAUAUUUUGCCCGCGCUAUUUCUAAGGAAACGCGGGAAAAUAACGAAUUUGAAUAUAAUGGAGGAGCAAGUUUUAGGGUUGCCGAAUCCGAAGACUCGAAUCGCCUUAUACCUUCAAGAAAACGACGAAAUGCUAGUGAGCGUCUCAAAAAGCUGCCUAUUUAUUUAGCUAAUUUGCAUUUAGAUAAAGCGGUAAGUUUAUAUUUACAACAAGGCACUUGCGAAUGUAUAGUUUCUGCCUUUAGGGUCGAAAUUCAAAGAUUGAGUUUUUUUCAGCAUUUAGCCUUCGAUAACGAUGAACAAAGGGACUCCCCGCCUAAACUUAAUUUUGACAAUAAACCAUCAAUAGUGAAAAAUGUUAAUCGAGUUAAAUCCAUGAAAUACCUCAAAAUUAUGAUCUCAGUUUUCCUCCAUUCUAUUCUUCCCAUAUUACAUACCUACCUUCAAUCCCUGCGAAACUCCUUAAAAAAUUUUGACAUCAACACUAAAACAUAUGGGUUAGAUAGAGAUUCGUUAAACUCCUUCCUUAGUAUCCUCAGGUCCCUAUAUUCUGUAUCGGUCAACCCAAUCAUUGUUAAAGAUUUAAGCAGGGCUAGCAAUUCAACCGAUAGAAAUAGCAAAGAAGGCGACAAAUUAUUAGCUUUGAAAAAUUCUUUAGACAAAUGCAUCAAUAACACAUUCCGAAUCGAUGUUGAUUGUAUUGACGAACGAAUUAUAACCGAUGUCAUUGUUUUAAAAAGCGAAAUUGCACGAAGUUUAGACUUGAUUUCGCUAUUAAAUAUUAUCGAAAACAUAUAUUGAAAGGAGAAAAAAACUCGCUUUAAAAAAAUAAAAUAAUAU